AUGUUUACGUAUCAGAAUUAUCUCACCCUUGGGUCAGUACUACUGGCACAGACGGUGUUGGGUUACCCCCAGGGCGCGGUCCUCAACCCCACAUUGAUCACCAGAGACAAUGAGUUCAUCUUUUCCGCCAUCGGCGACUCAUGGGGAAGCGGAGUUCAAUGGAGCGACGACACCGCAUAUGACGGAAACGAAGAUGGAUGCAUGCGCUACAAGUACGCCUGGUCAACCAUAGUCAACGACAGAUACAAAGACUGGACGCCAAACCCAGACCAAGGUUCCCUGUUCGAGUUCAGAGCCUGCUCUGGCGCCCAUCUGGGACAAAACAUCCACGAUCAAAUGGACAAGUUGACACGACCCAAGAUGACCCUCCUCGAAGCCGGCGGGAACAACGCCGAUUUCUACCCCAUGGCCGAUAGCUGCCUCUUCCAUUCGAACAGGAGCAUUGACUAUGGCACGAAAUACGAAGACGACAAUGCUGAUGAUCCGACGGGAUUGUGUAGGAAAGAGAUCAAGUUCGUACGAGGAAGAGUCGGAGGAGGUCUUAAGCAGGCCGUUAUGGAUACUAUCGACAUGUGGAGAGCCCACCCUGCUGUUGGUGGUAACGACGCUACUCUCUUCAUGCUAGGAUAUGCGCGCUUCUUCGCCCUCGACGACGCGUGCAAUGACUGGGAUUUUGGCGUACAGUACCAAAGGCAAAACGAGACACAGACAGUCAAAAAAGAGAUGCGACAGGAUUUCAACGAUCUAGUAAGGCCUACUCACAUGAAAUCACCAUCCCUCUCCCAUCUUCAAAACCCGCUAACAUCGCCACCUCAGGUCGACGCCGUGAACCUCGCCAUCCGCUCCUCGGUAGAACAAUACAACGACCCGAAAAUCCAAUACAUCGACAUCAACCCCGCUCUCGAAGGCCACCGCUUCUGCGAACCAGGCCACAGCUGGUGGUCGCAGUUCAACUACGGGUCCAAAGUGCACAUCUACAACAACCCCGGCCGGCUCGUCGUCACCAUCCACGACGGCGAACAAGCUACUACGUACGAGUCUAGCGACGACCCCGGCGUCCCUGGCCCACCCGAGGAUAUCGUCGAGAAACUACAUGGCUACCCCGAGGGCGAAGCCGUGCAGCAGGAUCAAUACACCAUCCUUACCUUCCGCGACCCUGCGAAUCCAAGUCUGUGGAUGGAAUGGAAAGUUGAGCCGCAGCCUCUGGAUGGUGGGAGUGGGAGUAAGGAUGGGCGUAUAGCGAGGACGUUGCAUCCCACGAAGGAUGGGCAUAAAGAGAUGGGCGAUCUGAUUGUCGGGGCGCUCAAGAAGAAUUAUAGACCUGAUGAGUCGGCUCCUGAGCCGCCGACGAACCCGCCGAGGCCGACGCAGCCGCCACAGCCGGAAACUACGGUGCCCGGGUUUAAUUGUCCGGCUGGGUGCACUUGUAAUUCUGGGGUCCCGCUUUGUUUCUAG